AUGCUCGUUAAUUUUCUUUUUGUAAUCAACACUUGUAUCUUCAUCGCUGUCAUCCUUAAAAGUAGCGCCAUUCACCAUCAGCCAAUCAAUGAACGAUACGUCAUCACUCACCCCUUACUCCCCUACUGCUGUCCUUUUCUGUUCCUCUUUUUCAUGAUCAUGAUCAUGAACAGUCCAAGACCCAGUCAUUCAUGUUCCUGUGAUACCGUUCUUCCUUUAUUCUGCCAUUCAUUCUCAAAUGCCAUUAAGUCAGGAAACCCGCGUCCUUCAUUCUGCCAUCCAUUCUCGCUAGCCAAUUUGGAAAUUGUUCCCCGUUCUUACAUUCUUCCAUUUAGUCAGGAAACCCGCGUCCUUCAUUCUGCCAUCCAUUCUCGCCAUCCAUUCCGUUCUUACAUUCUUCCAUUUAGGUCAUCUUCCCUUUAUUCUGCCAUUCAUUCUCACUUGCCAUUAAGUCAGGAAACCCGCGUCCUUCAUUCUGCCAUCCAUUCUCGCUACAAUUGGGAAAUUGUUCCCGUUCUUACAUUCUUCCAUUUAGGAAACCCGCGUCCUUCAUUCUGCCAUCCAUUCUCGCCAAUUGGGGUUGUUCCCCGUUCUUACAUUCUUCCAUUUAGGUUCAUCUUCCUUUAUUCUGCCAUUCAUUCUCACUUGCCAUUAAGGGACAUCUUCCUUUAUUCUGCCAUUCAUUCUCACUUGCCAUUAAGUCAGGAAACCCGCGUCCUUCAUUCUGCCAUCCAUUCUCCUUCAGCCAAUUGGGAAAUUGUUCCCGUUCUUACAUUCUUCCAUUUAGGUAUUCUUCCUUUAUUCUGCCAUUCAUUCUCCUUGCCAUUAAGUCAGGAAACCCGUCCUUCAUUCUGCCAUCCAUUCUCGCUUUUGGGAAAUUGUUCCCGUUCUUACAUUCUUCCAUUUAGGAGGACAUCUUCCUUUAUUCUGCCAUUCAUUCUCAUUAAGUCUCCUUCAUUCUGCCAUCCAUUCUCGCUAGCCAAUUGGGAAAUUGUUCCCGUUCUUACAUUCUUCCAUUUAGGAGGACAUCUUCCUUUAUUCUGCCAUUCAUUCUCACUUGCCAUUAAGUCAGGAAACCGCGUCCUUCAUUCUGCCAUCCAUUCUCGCUUCUUAAUUGGGAAAUUGUUCCCCGUUCUUACAUUCUUCCAUUUAGGAGGUCAGCUUCCUUUAUUUUGCUAUUCAUUCUCAUAUGCCAUUAAGGCAGGAAACCCGCGUCGUUCAUUCUGCCAUCCAUUCUCGCUAGCCAAUUGGGAAAUUGUUCCCGUUCUUAUUCUGCCAUUUUGGGUGGGGGUCAUCUUCCUUUAUUUUGCUAUUCAUUCUCAUGCCAUUAAGGCAGCCCGCGUCGUUCAUUCUGCCAUUCAUUCUCGCUUCAGCCAAUUGGGAAAUUGUUCCCGUUCUUACAUUCUGCCAUUUAGCCAAUUGGAAAUUGUUCCCGUUCUUACAUUCUGCCAUUUAUUCUUCCUUUAUUUUGCUAUUCAUUCUCAUAUGCCAUUAAGGCAGGAAACCCGCGUCGUUCAUUCUGCCAUUCAUUCUCGUUUGGGAAAUUGUUCCCGUUCUUACAUUCUGCCAUUUAGGAAACCCGCGUCCUUCAUUCUGCCAUUCAUUCUCGCUAGCCAAUUGGGAAAUUGUUCCCGUUCUUACAUUCUGCCAUUUAUUCUUCCUUUAUUUCAUUCUCAUUUAAGGCAGGAAACCCGCGUCGUUCAUUCUGCCAUCCAUUCUCGCUUUAGCCAAUUGGACAUUCUGCCAUUUAGGAAACCCGCGUCGUUCAUUCUGCCAUUCAUUCUCGCUAGCCAAUUGGAAAUUUUUCCCGUUCUUACAUUCUGCCAUUUAGGAGGUCAGCUUCCUUUAUUUUGCUAUUCAUUCUCAUAUGCCAUUAAGGCAGGAAACCCGCGUCGUUCAUUCUGCCAUUCAUUCUCGCUAGCCAAUUGGGGUGUGUUCCCGUUCUUACAUUCUUUUAGUUCAUCUAUCUAUCUAUCUAUCUAUCUAUCUAUCUAUCUAUCUAUCUAUCUAUCUAUCUAUCUAUCUAUCUAUCUCAGUCUAUUUACAUCUCUCUCUCUCUAUCUAUCUCAGUACCUAUGUAUCAGUCUCUUCAUAUCUAUCUAUCUAUCUAUCUAUCUAUCUAUCUAUCUAUCUAUCUAUCUAUCUAUCUAUCUGUCACGGAGAUUGAGUUUUACAUCAGUUCUCUUCUGGUGCUCCUAUCUAUCUAUCUAUCUAUCUAUCUAUCUAUCUAUCUAUCUAUCUAUCUAUCUAUCUAUCUAUCUAUCACAAUUUGUUCAUAUCUAUCUAUCUAUCUAUCUAUCACAAUGUGUUCAUAUCUAUCUAUCUAUCUAUCUAUCUAUCUAUCUAUCUAUCUCACUGUUCAUUAUGUAUCUUUCUAUCUAUCUAUGCCUGUUCAUAUCUAUCUAUCUAUCUAUCUAUCUAUCUAUCUAUCUAUCUAUCUAUCUAUCACAAUUUGUUCAUAUCUAUCUAUCUAUCUAUCUAUCUAUCUAUCUAUCUAUCUAUCUAUCUAUCACAAUGUGUUCAUAUCUAUCUAUCUAUCUAUCUAUCUAUCUAUCUAUCUAUCUAUCUAUCUAUCUAUCACAAUUUGUUCAUAUCUAUCUAUCUAUCUAUCUCAAUCGAUUCAUAUCUAUCUCAGUCUGUUUAUCUCUCUCUCUCUCUCUCUCUCUCAUCGCAUUUGCAUGA